AUAUAAACUACAUAGAGUACAAUAAGUUAGCAGUGAACUCUGUUCGUUAUAGCACAUUUCAACGAAACAUCGUUACAGUGAACUGCAUGGGAGAUCACAAUCACGUCGUGGAACUUAUAGGGCGAUAUGUUCAAACCGUUCACUCCAGUCUUUAAUUAACUCCUAUUUUUUUUGAAAGAGUUAAAACACCUGUUAAUUUUACAGAACUAAAGCCGGACAAAUAUUUCAGUUUCUCUUCAGCACGCUCAAUGUGUUUUGUAUCUCAUUUUGUAACAUUACAAUUCUUAAAAAAAAAAAAAAAAGUUAGAGAACGCUUUGAAAAUGAAGCCUUUAGUCAUGAGCAGUGACUUAUGACAAAUACAAAUUAUAUUGUGACUUAUGUACAUACAGUAUCUACAUGUUUACCAAGUUAAAGUAUUCUGUGGUAUAAAGCAAGACACGCUUUGUUGAAAUUCAGAAUAUAAACAAUUAUAACAGAUGUUGCACUUUCAGUUUUGCAGUGGCAUCCUCAGUGUCUCCUGCUCCAAGCCUCAACUCCUCAAGUGUAGCUGACACUCAGCACAUUUGCAACCUGGUCAUACUUUUGUAAUUUAUUACAGUCAUCCUGUAAAGUGACAGUGAUGUAUUUCAGUAAUAAACAAGCCGUAUGCUCGUUAUAAAGUGAUGCUUGGGCAACCCAGAGCAGGUGGUUGUUUUAAGGGUUACAAAUCAAUAGCAUCAGUAUGCAGACACAGUACAUACAUUGAUAGGGCCAAACAACCUUGACGUUUCACUGAUGGGUGCAUCAUCCCAUAAUUUCCCAUAAUAACACGCCCCUUCAAAAAUAAAUAAUGAACAUCAGAAGCAUUUUUUUUCUAAUCAGUACAAGAUGUAUAAUAAUAACAAUAACACCAUUGUGUUAGUUAUGUUUUGUGCUUAUUAUAUAUUAUUUACAGGAGACCCAACUGCAAUGUCAUUUUUUAAUUUGCCUGGUUUUAGGGACUGAAUUAGAAGGUUCAGUAAUUGGUUGUCGUGAAAUUCUGUGCAUGUGUCUUUAAAACUGGAGCUCAGUAAGACAAUAGCUCUGAACUGUGACUUGAUCCUUCAUCCUCCUUUCAUGUAAGCUCUGCUUUAAGCACUUUUUCAUCCAGAGGGACUGCAUUUAAGAGAAGCUGAAAUGCUGCUGAGAUUAGCUGUAGAAAAGGUCUGCACGUCAACCAGCAUCCAUUCUGGGUGCUGGAAGGCCAGGACUCGAACUUGGUCCAGAUGGAGAUUUCUAGAGAAAAUAAAUUACAGUUCCUUUCCAGGGGAUCACGUCAAGUCUGCAAGAACAGUUGUCAGUCCAGACAUAGCCAAAAUCCGUAAUAUUGGUAUCAUGGCUCAUAUUGACGCAGGAAAGACCACGACGACAGAGAGAAUGCUUUAUUACUCAGGAUACACCCGGGCGCUCGGAGAUGUUGAUGAUGGCGACACUGUGACAGAUUUCAUGGCGCAGGAGAGAGAGCGGGGGAUUACCAUUCAGUCAGCUGCUGUCACCUUUGACUGGAAGGACCACAGGAUUAAUCUGAUUGACACACCAGGUCAUGUGGAUUUCACAGUUGAAGUUGAGCGGGCUCUUCGAGUGCUGGACGGUGCUGUAGCUGUUUUUGAUGCUUCUGCUGGUGUGGAGGCACAGACGCUGACCGUUUGGCGACAAGCAGACAAGCAUCAUGUCCCGCGCAUCUGCUUCCUUAACAAAAUGGACAAGCCUGGAGCCAGUUUCAUGUAUUCAAUUGAGAGCAUCAGCCAGAAACUAAAGGUCAAGCCUCUCCCUCUACAGCUACCCAUUGGAACUGGCAAAGCCUUCGAAGGGCUGGUGGAUCUAGUUACCAAUGAAAAGAUCACUUGGAGCCCCAAAUCAGGCCGAGAUGAUGGGAGAGUGUUUGAGAGGAGACCCCUGACCACUGCAGAUGAUCCUGACUUGCUGGAAGAAGCCAGAGAUGCAAGAAGUACCCUAAUAGAACAAAUAGCUGACCUAGAUGACGAAUUUGCAGAAUUAGUUCUGGGGGAAUUCAAUGAGAAUUUGGAUGCAUUGCCCUUUGUAAAAUUGCAUGCUGCUAUUCGCCGGGUCACAUUGGCUCGUACAGCUGUGCCUGUGUUCUGUGGAAGUGCUCUGAAGAACAAAGGAGUCCAGCCGUUACUGGAUGCCAUCACGAUGUAUCUGCCGGCUCCCAACGAACGCCACCAUGAGCUCUUGCAGUGGUACGGGGAUGAUCUGUGCGCCCUGGCUUUCAAAGUUAUUCAUGAUAAACAGCGUGGGCCUCUGGUGUUUGUGCGCAUCUACUCUGGGACCAUGAAGCCCCAGUCUGCCGUCUACAAUAUCAACAGGAACACCACGGAGAGGAUAAGUCGCCUCUUGCUCCCGUUUGCUGACCAGCAAAUAGAGAUCCCUUCCUUGACUGCUGGAAACAUUGCCCUCACUGUGGGGCUGAAGCAGACUGCCACCGGGGACACCGUUGUUUCUUCCAAAUCUUCUGCGGCCGCUGUUGCCCGCCGGGCAGGAAAGAACGAUGGGAAGAAGCGAGGUUCUGCCCAAGAGAGCCUGGUGCUGGCAGGGGUUGAGAUCCCACAGCCUGUCUUCUUCUGCACUAUCGAGCCGCCUUCAAUGGCCAAGCAAGCAGACUUGGACCAUGCCCUGAACAACUUGCAGAGGGAAGACCCCAGUCUGAUUGUGAAGACUGAUCCAAAUUCAGGGCAGACUAUAUUGUGCGGAAUGGGAGAGCUGCACAUUGAGAUCAUUCAUGAUCGAAUCCGAAGGGAAUAUGGGAUUGAGACUCAGCUGGGACCUCUGCAGGUGUCUUACCGGGAAACCAUCCUCAACUCCAGCACCGCUGCAGAUACACUGGACAGGACAAUCGGGGAUAAGAGACACUUCGUCAGUGUGGAGCUGGCAGUGAGCCCCUGUGAGGGGGAGGAGGGGUCAGCCUCGCUCCCAGUCAUCAGCUACUCGGACACUGCAGAGCAGCUUGCCCAGGACGUGAAGGACGCUGUGAAGAACGGAAUACACAGCUCUUAUCUCCAAGGCCCCCUGCUGGGGUUCCCGAUGCAGGAUGUGGUCGUCUCAAUCCAGUCUGUGCACAUACAAGCAGGAACAUCCAUGCCAAUGGUCUCUGCCUGCAUCUCCCGCUGCAUGCAAAAGGCUCUAAAGCAAGCAGGGAGCCAGAUCCUGGAGCCACUGAUGAGCCUGGAGAUUACAGUGAGUGAAGAGCACCUGGGCACUGUGCUGGGAGAUCUGGCACAGAGGAGGGGCAGCAUUCACGAAAUCCAGAGCCGACAAGACAGCAAAGUGGUGCUAGCAUCUGUUCCACUAGCAGACAUGAUGGGAUACUCGACUGUUCUCCGCACUUUAACCUCCGGAACAGCCACCUUCACGCUGGCACUGUCCAGCUAUGAGGCAAUGAACCUACAGGAUCAAAACGCACUUGUCAGCAGGAUGACAGGACUGGCAGAAUGAGAUCAAGAAUACUGGGAUAACGGGACCGUCAAGAUGUUUCCCCUGUAAAGACGGUACCUGUUUCGCAUCCUGGGAGAAGCUUGAAGCAGACACGCCUGUUCAAAAAAAUUCCUGGGCUUCUAUGUGAAUUUUGUUAUUAAAAAAAAAAAAAAAAAAAUACUACUUAAACAAUGUUGCCGAACGAAAUCCCAUCUUUCUGCUGCAAUCAGUUUCAGUCAUGGGCAAAACAGCUGAUCAGACAAGACUGACAAGAGUGCUGAUAGUAGAAAAUAAUGACUUUGCAAUUUAAACACUGUUCAUCAAAUCAGUGCUGUGCUGGCGGUACCCAACAACUGACUGCUUCAAUGAGUAUGAAGACACAAGUGUUUAGAAUAUGUGAAAUCUUUUUUUUUUUUUUUUUUUAAUUUCAUCUUGCAAGUGCAGUUCAGUAUCUACUGUAGUAUCUAGAAAGUUUUAUACAAUGCUGGAGCAGAUUGCUAUUUAUUUAUUUAUUAAAUAACUAUACAAACAGA